GACUACGUAUGGGUCGUGGACGAUGAUGUCCGGCUAUCGACCAACGAAAUCUCGCGCAUGUUUGACAUUCUGCGAGAGCACGAGCAGAUCAAAUUUGCCUGCCCUUCGUUUGACAAGGGAAGCGAUGGCGUUUGGCGCUUCUUCGACGGUCAUGAUCCCCGUUUCAAACUCCGCUUCACCAACUUCGUGGAAUGCACUGCGCCAGUCCUGAAAAGCACAAUGCUGCA